GACAGCCCUGGCAGUGAUCCCGGCAGGAUCUGCGCAAGCGCCUUCUCCUCCCUAUUUAUAGCGAGCCAGCGGGUCAGGAGUCUGGUCGCGGCGGCCCCGGGACGGGAGCUGCCUCUGCACACCCCACACCUCCCCGCUCCGCUGUGCCCUGCGCUGAGCCAGCCCAGCUACAAAAGCGUGUCCUGACCGCAGGCUCCUGGGAUGGCAUCUGGCAAGCGGAACCCCAAGCCUGGGGACCUGAUCGAGAUCAACCGAGGAAUUUACCGGCACUGGGCUCUCUACUUGGGCGAUGGAUAUGUCCUCAACGUGACUCCUGUAGAUGAAGGGGCUCCAUCCCUGUUGGUGAGCACCAUGUCAAUAUUUACCAGAAAGGCCAAGGUGAAGAAGCAGCUCCUGAAGGAGGUGGUGGAAAAUAACGACUGGAAGGUCAACAACAAGUAUGACCAGUCCCACACUCCUCUCCCAGUGAAGGAGAUCAUCCAGCAUGCUGAGCUUUACAUUGACAUGGAGGUGCCCUAUGAUGUGCUCAGCAAAAACUGUGAGCACUUUGUGACAAUGCUCCGCUAUGGCGAGGGGGUCUCUGACCAGGCCAAGAUAGCAAUUGGUAGCAUGUUGGCAGUAGGAGCUGUUGCUGUUGCCUCCACUGUCUUGGUGGGCUUGCUCAGGGGCAAAUCCAGAGAGAAGGAGUACUGACGGGUUGUCAGGAAGAGCUCAGAGCAAAGCAGGAGCCUGUGGCCAUGGAGGGUCACUGCCCAGCUUCUGCCACAACUGCCACGGGGGCAUACUAACAGCAGCCACUCUUGCUGAAAUAACCAAAUCAAAGCCUUAAUAAAAUCUAAAAAAACCCCAAAAUAAUAUUGCCAUAAAAUCCUCUUCUUUGCAUUUGAGCGUAGCUUUGUGUAUGAAUUAAACACUUCAGCCUUCCUUCUCCCAUCCCUUUAGAAAGUAAGUUGAGCGUCACCAUUCAAAGUGACCUCAGCAGCACCAGCUUGUUUGCCCUAUCUGCUUUUUUUUCCAUUGCUUAUGAUGACUUUUGUGGUAGUUUGAGAGCACUUACAAGCAAAGUAUCCAUUCCUUCCCUGUCAUCUCCUCUCCAGUGCUUUGUUGAGGACAGGUGUAGGAUUUCUACCCACAUCCUCUUUUUCUCAGAUGAUUCCUGUAGGCUCUUUCUGUGUGUGAUGGAUUUUAACCUUAAUUUUCUGACAAAAUAAAAGUAUUGCUGAGCAUA